GGCUGUGUAAUUUUAUUUGAGCAAGCCAAAUAGACGACACUUGUGUGGCCCACCAACUAUCCAACCAUCUUUACCAAGGACCAACACACCACAUAAAAGACCGCGCGGCGACGACGUCCGAAGAUAACCAUAUCAAUGACUCAAGCUCGGAACCUGCCCCCGACGGUUUAAACACAACCACCUUCUUCAUAUUCCAAACCACAAUAAACCAGCACCUCCAAGAUCCAACCACCACCACCACCGCUCCAAAACCAAAUAAAACAACUCACAAUCAAAAUGGCAACCCUCGGAUUCAUCGGCUGCGGAAACAUGGGCUCCGCAAUCCUAGACGGCCUGCUAGAGGCCACCCGCUCGGAGCCCCAAAACUCCAAAAUCACCAACUUCAUAGCGGGUACCAAGAGCGCGGCCUCCGCCAACAAGCUUAAGGACAAAUAUCAUGCAGAUUCAGAACGGGUGGUAGUUUUGCGCGGGUCCAACGUGAAAGUUAUGGAACAAGCAGACAUCAUCCUGCUAGCGUGCAAGCCAUUCCUUGCCCAGAGUAUUCUCUCGGAGCCGGGCGUAGCGGAAGCGCUGGCCGGGAAAUUCGUGAUCAGCGUCAUGGCAGGCAAGACGCCAGCCGAGAUCAUGGAGUAUAUCUAUGGGGAUAACUCAAACCAGACAGCAAACAGACCGGUGAUUGUAACGGCCAUGCCGAAUGUGGCGGCGCGAUUGCGUCAGUCCAUGACUAUUAUUGAAGAGAAUCCGGCGCUCUCGAAGGACCGGGCAGAGAUUCUGAAGUGGAUCUUUGAGCAGAUUGGGACGGUGAAGUUUGUGGCGCCGGAUUUGGUGGAUGUUGGGUCGAUGGUUUCUGGGGCGGCGAUGGCGCUUAUGACUCUUGCUGUUGAUGGGAUUAUGGAUGGGGCUGUUAUGGAGGGGUUUCGACGGCCGGAUGCGAUGGAGGUGUCGGCGCAAGUGUUGGAGGGGUUGGCUGGGUUGUUGAGGGAGGGCGUUCAUCCGGCGGUUUUGAGGGAGAGUAUUUCUUCGCCCAGGGGAUGUACCAUUCAGGGUCUGUAUGCCCUAGAGAAGAAUGGGGUUCGGGGGGCGUAUGCUGAGGCGUUGGUUAGGGGGAUUAAGCAUUUGAGGGGAGAGAACUAG